AUGAGUUCCCUUUGUUGGAACUGUCGAGGGUUGGGCAACCCUCGUUCAGUUGCUGCACUCCAGAGAUGGUGUGCUUUCUAUGGUCCGGAGCUUUUAUUUGUCUCCGAAACGAUGAUAAAUAAAAGUGCUGCUGAAAUGUUAAAACACGGGUUUGGAUACUCUAGUGCAAUUGGUGUGAGUAGUGUGGGCAAGGCGGGAGGUCUGUGUUUAUUUUGGAACGAGGGAUCGACCUCUUUCAAUCUCAUCUCUUUCUCUCAGCACCACAUUAGUGGUGAAGUUGUUACAGAUGCAGGGGCUAAAUGGUGUUUUGUGGGUGUGUGUGGAUGGUCGGACUCAGCAAACAAGCACAAGACAUGGGCUUUGAUUUGCAAACUGUGUAAUGAGUACAAUGGUCUAGUUCUUGUUGGUGGUGAUUUCAAUGAAAUUCUUCAUUACGAGGAGAAGGAGGGUGGAGCGGACACGGAGAGGAGAGCAAUCCCAGAAUUCCGUGAGAUGAUGGAUGACUGCAAUUUGCGCGAUUUGGGUUACAGAGGUUUAUGGUACACUUGGGAAAGAGGAGUUUCGGUCAAAACAAAAGUCCGUGAGCGCCUCGACCGAUUUGUGGGUAACUCGUCUUGGUGCAAUUUAAACCCAGAAGCACAUGUGGAGCACCUUGUGAGGUUUAAAUCGGACCACACACCAAUCAUGCUAAGCCUGGGAUCAGCUCGCAAAAAGAAGGGGAAGAGGAGGAAAAGGAGAGGCUUUAGAUUCGAAACAAAAUGGUUGCUUGAUGAGGGUUGUGUGGGUGUUGUUAAACAAGCCUGA